CGGUCCGGCUCCCCUGUCCCACUCCCACCCCGCGGGGGUCACCGGGGCCCCCCUCGGACACUUACACCUCCAUCCCCGCCACCGCCGUCUGCUCGUCCCCAAUGGCCCCUUUCUACCAAAAAAACACCCCGGUUUUGCGGGGACCCUCCUGUUCCUGCUGGUUCCGGAUGCUCCGGGUUCUUCCCCUCCGCUUGCCGCCCUCCCCCUCGCUCUCAGGCUUUGGGGCUCAGCGAUAAAAAUGGGGCUGGGAGCGGGGCUGGCGGGGUUUGGUGACAAGGAGGUUUUCGGGGUGGCGCAGGUGGGUUUUGCAUCGCCCUGGCUGUCACCCUCGCGCCGUGUUUUUGGGGAGGCUGAACGUCUGCGUACCCCGAGCUCCAGCCACGAAGCAAACCACGUUUCUCAGCUUGUUUCCAAGCGCUGCCCCCGGGGAGUGCGACUCGGGGUGCCGGAGCCGUGCCUGGCCUCUGCCAUCAUCCAGGAUUUCCGUUCCUGGCCACUAAUGCCCUUUGAUCCAUUUCUCCUGCUGCAAGGGGCCGUUUUGCUCUGCUUUUCCCCCUGGAAACGUUCAGUUUUGGACAGAAGGGUUGGCUUUCAGCCGGCAGGAUCAGCCUUUGGGAUUUUCCAGCCAGUCCCUUUUCCCAGCAGCUUUGCAAACCCAAAGAGCCUGAGUUUGGGGUGCAGCUCCCUCCUCUCCGACGCUGUUUUUGGGACUCAGCGGUCGGCACUUUAACCAGGGACUUGUUUCUCCGGCUGGCGUCAGGCCGACGUCUCCUGCAAACCGGGCACUUUCUGCCCGCAAACGCCGUCUGCCCGGAGGCUGCCCCAUCCCGCUCCCCUCCUGGCCCGGCUGCCUCCGGCUGCCCACGCAGGCUCCUCUGUUGUGGAAACCUUGUUUUGGCAGGAGCAGGGUGACACACAAAUGCAAAUGUUUGGGAAAGAGCUAAAGGAGGAAAGCUGGAGGUUUCUCAGGAGCGACUCUUCCCGCGGUGUGGCCGGACUGGGCACAGCGCAGUGACUAACGGUGCUUACCCCAGCACUGGUGAUGCCCCGGACCUAAUUGUCGGGUUCUUUUUCCUAUUGUUUUCACCAAACUUCUAAUUAAGCUGCCGAAAGCACAUCUCUGCAGGUUGGCAGCACCUCCGGGCUGGCACAGCCGCCUGCUCCGGCCCCGAUCCGACGUUGAGCAAGCGGGGCUGCUCUUACAACAUUUAACUCCUGUGUAAAAUAAGAGCAGGUAUUAGGAACCGAGUCACGCUAUUAAUAGGAUUAUUGUAUGCCUGACUGGACGGAUUUUGUGCUCAGAAUGGGAUCUGGGCCCUCCACCCACCUCGUUCGGCUCACCUGGAGGGUUGGGCAUCCUGUGCCGGUGGGAUGGAUGUGCUGGUUGGGCUCUCGGCUUUUGGGAAAGAGGGUCGGGAGCAUCUCCGGGCUAAUGAGCGCUCGGUCCUUGCCCUUUCACUUUCCCUUUCUCAGGCUCCCCAUGCGGACACGGCGGUGGUAGGAGAGCUGGCUUCAGUUUUGAGGAGCUGAACUGCUUCGUGCUCCAGCCAGGGCUACGGGCAGGGGGGGUUGGCACCUUGCUGUGUGCUGGCAGCCUCCGCAGGGAAUGUUUGGGGCGUCUCGUUUUCCCCUGCCAGCAUCCAUCUGCUCCCUAAACCUUUACCCAUAAACUCCCACAGCUCCUUCCUGGUGUUUAAUCAACACCCUCUACACCUGCGUGGGUUUGGGGCUGGGAAAGCUUCACCCCAUGUUUUCGUGGAUGUGUGUUACAGCCCGGAGGGUUGUCCUGGCCCCAGGCUGAGCUCUGGGAUGUCCCCACUCCCUGGGGACCACGGCCCGUGCUGCUCUGCGCCACGGGGGCUGCUCCCCAGUGGCUUUGGGGACAGAUGAACUGUCGGGGACCUCGUGUGAGCAAAGCAAAGGGUGCAAGAUGGAGAGAAGCAAGGGUGUGACCCCAGGGUGGCGUGGGGACAGCCUGGGGCUCCCCGUGGCAUCCCCGGCAGUGGCAUGGGUGGCCCUCAGCUCUCCUGCCUGCUGCCGCCUCCACGCUUGCUUGUAGGAAUCUCGUCCGGCUGGUUUUGCUCUGGGCAUGGCCAAAUCCAGCGCAGGGUCAGCAGUUAGCGCUCCAGCACAGCACAGCAAUAGCUCGUCCAGCGACUAGCGCUGGGGGGAGCCGAUCGCCCCGGCUUGGUUCCCACAACCAGCCGGCUGGCGGGGCAUGGUCCAGAAACCAAAUUGUCCCCGGAGCGGGGUAAAGGCUCGGGAUGGCGUGUCCCAGCAUCUCGGAGGAGCCGGGAGAGGAGCUGGGCAAAGCGAGGAGGUGGCCAGGAGCGUGUCCCAGCACCCGCGACUCCCCGCGCAGCCCUGUGGCUUGCUGCGUGCCGGCGGGUGGCCGCCUGCGUCAGCCCCACCAUGGGGGAAGUAAAACCUUCGCCAGAGCGUGACAUUCGGCAGGUUGGUAACUUCCUGCUGAGCUGAAGCGAGUUAAUAACAAAUCCUUUGGGGACCUUCUCCCCGGAGACUUGGUGCUUUUGGCAGGACGGAGGGUUGAUUUUUCUGGGUGGCUGAUGAAAGUGACUUUUCUUGCCCUGCCUGUGCCGGCUUCCUGCUCUCGGGGUUGGCAAUGUCACCGCAGCAAACUGUCCUCUUGCGUCAGCGCUGCUGUGGUCUGGAGGUGGCGGGGAAAUGCCCUCCCACUGUGACACAGCUCCUGUUGCCACUGGCUUCGUGCCGGGCAGGGACGGAGCCGUUCCUGGCACUGCAGCACGUGCGCGGGGUCCUGCGCCGUGUGGCCGCAUCCAGGCCUGGAGAGCUGUUUUCUCCCAGGGGCUUCCCUGCAUGGUCCGAGCCUCUUGUCAUUGCGUCCUGUUGCCGGAGCAUGUCUUUGCCUCUUCCUUCUUGCUCGCCAACCAAGGUUUGUCCAUGCAUUCCCGAUGCAGAUGGUUUUCCCUAGGGAUGCUCAUGUCCCCAUGCUCUCCUGGGUGGCUCCGGGGUCUCGCAGGGGAAGGUCACAGUGGCUGCUGUGGGUCCAGGGGUGUGAGUGUGUGGGCACACGGGGCAGGGAGGACCAUGGGGGUAGGAGGGUCGGGGUGGCACGGGGCAGCCCCACUCCUCUCCCCGGAGCCAUGUGCUGCUGCCAGGCUCAGUCACAACCACAUCAGUCCUCUGCAACCUGCCCAAGCCCCCGGGGCAGGCUGGGGGGCUGCGCACCAAGUGCCCACUGCCCAGACACUGCCCCCACCCCUUCUCCCUGCCGCAGAAGCCGGAGCUGGUGCUCCCUGGCAGAGCUGGCAUUCCCAUUGGCAGAGUCAGGAAAAAUCCCCCCCCACCCCAGCAAGGGAGAUGCCACGCCACCGCAACCCGCAUGGCAUGAGGUUUCCACGGCAAGUUCCUGCCGUGGUCACUUCCACACCCCGAAAGGUCUCUGCGGGUGUACGAGUGACUGUUUCCAACGGGGGUGUGUACGUGUGUGCGUACGCCGGGGCAGAGGUGUGGUUUUGUGUCUUGCUCAUAUUUAGCAGACGUAAGGAACUAGGACUGGGCAGCUCUGGUGCGAACCACGGCUCUGUCUGCCCGGCGUCCUGCCUCUUGCUCAUGGCAGAAGGUAGCAGAGCCCCCGGCUUUGGCUCCAGCCAGCUCCGAGCUGUCCUUCUGCAUGUGGAGGUAGGGUUGGUUUUGUGAUGUACAUCGAUUUGUGUUUAUUGAUACUGAAUUCAUCUGUAGUUUUGCAUGUCUAGAGCGUCUUCCAGAAAGUUAGCUUAGCUCUGAAAAUCUCUCUCUGCCACCUUGCCGUUCUGAUUGCUACAGGUAAUCGUUCUGCCUAUUAGAAAGUGGGAUAUCUGCCUCAUUUGUC